AUGGCGGCCUGGAAGCAUGAAGAUCUCAGCAUCAUGUAUCUGAUGCUGAGCAAGUUCCACCCCGAAGUCGGACGCGUGCAUCAGAUAGACAUUGCUGACAUACCCAGCACGUUCCCGGAGGGGUGGAAACAGUAUCUGUCUGCCUUUCGUGUACCGUAUCAAGAGUUUGUGCUCGCUCAGCUUGUGCAGCGAUGUGAGUAUAUGCGCUUAGUGUAUCACACGGUGCAGGACUUUGACAUCAUUAGUAGCACCACCAAAUCGGUUGUGCCGUCUAUAUGGGACGACAACGACAGAGUGGAAGCCGAUUAUAACGCUGUGAGAGUGGUAUUUAAAGAGGAGUUUAAGCCCAAUGUUAGACAACAGUCCAGGAUUAUCUACUGUUACGAGGCUAUGGCAUGGAAUUUGAGUGGAAAAGGCCUGGAAGAAUAUUCACUUGCACAUGAUAUUCCCAGUCUGCCUGCAUCACCCCCAGCAACUAUUCUGAGUAGUAUCUCGAAUCACCCUUCUAUGCCAGGCGAUUGCGUCAUAGCGAAUGUCGAUUAUGUUGCGCCAGCCGGACGAGUCCUGAAUUCGCUCAAGUACGAUGAAUCCAAAGAACAGGUUCAGCAGCCGUUGCAGGAUAUCAUCUUGAUGGGGACACCACCACAGCCACUGAAGCCACCAACCCCAGCAAGAGAAUCCGAAAGUGCCAAAGGCCUUGAACGGGCGCUGAGCGCGCUCUAUGCGGGGUUUAACGACAAGCAAACCGCAAUCGUACACAAAGCUAUGUUCAGCUGUGCUAGAGGGCCGAGUGUUUCGCUGGUGAAUGGCCCACCCGGGACUGGUAAGACUAUGAUGUUGGCGUCUUUGGUACUCGUACUGGCCAUGUCGAAUCCUGACAAGAACAUCCUGGUCACGGCACCAAGCACGUCAGCAUUACAAUCCAUCACAUUAGAACUCUUCAAGCGCUUAACUCAGCUGCUGAUAGAUGUGCCCUUGUUUAAGAAGAAUAUAGUUUACCACAACGUUACGUACUUCAGUACAAGUCAUGCCUACCAGAAGCUAGCGGAGGAGAUCCAACCUUACACGGAUAGACAGAGAACGCUAACUUUCACGAACAAGUUACAUUCCCUGUGCAAGGAGACAGAGCAGUCUAUCAGAGAUGCAGCUGCGUACGCGCGCGACCGAAAUUUGCCAGAGAGCUCAAAACGAGAGUGCCGAGUCGCUGCUUGA